GAAUUGUACAUACAUUAAUUGAUUUGAAGAUGAUCUUGUCGAAUUUCAACUAUUAUACUUUGAAACUUUCUCGGAACAACUGAGUGCCAUCCAUAAAGAAUGUGAAUGUGUCGAAAUUAUAUGGUCGAAAUAAAAUUCAAAUAUAUAUUGAUAAGAUAUUCGAUGUGGACGAUCAAUUGAAUCAAACUUCAAAUUGCAAAUUGAUAGAUGUAAACAUAAAACAGAUUUUACUAUAAUAAUGGAGUUUGUUAAUAAAUAACGGCGCCGCGUGUUACGUUCGAUAUGAAUGACAAAAAAAUUUCGAUGCCGCGAAAACGAAGAAUUUUUAGUAGGAAUCGCACUUCUCCUUGAGGUCGAUUGGACUAGACAGAUUAACCACCGAGUGGCAUGCGUUAGAAAAUGGUAAAACGAGUUUUAAAAUGAGUGAGAAUAAGCUCGAUUAUUCGGCGAGUUCGCGCGAGACCGGAAUUUAUACCACUUCGUCGAGAACCAGUUCCGUUUCCGAGGUAAAAGCAAAAUUUUGUGCAUUGUUCCUGAACUGUUUCCGAGGACGGAAAAAGGAUUCAUUGGAGGAAAUUCGUGAGAACGACGGAACCAGGGAAUACGAUUACGUCGUUGAGAAACUCGUCGUGAAGCGCGUGCCCUUCCUACUUUUCUCGAUACCGAAACACCCGUCCGAAUCGAAGAACAAUUCUGAGAGCAAGAGCGACCCUAGCAAUGAAACUUCGCAAUUCUUGAUAAAGCCGAACCCUGUCCAGCCUGUCCUGUCCGAAACUCAGUCGUUGCUAUAUUAUUCCAACAAAUUCAAUCAGCAUACUCCUCUAGGUAUUCGGAAUAAAUAUUUGCAUUAUAACAAAAAUGCAGCUGUACUGAAUAAGAGAAGUAGAAACCGCGCAUUAUCCGAUGAUUAUCAUGCUAGAAUGACCGAAUUGAUGAACAUUAUGAGUAGCUUGCAUCCGGAUUUAAAAGAAGAUGAGAGACCACCCAAGGACCCUUGCCCUUUGACGAUGCCAAAAAGCAAUAGCAUUCCGUCUGCAAAGAUCUCCCUUAAAGAAUUUUUGUACAGAAGUAACGAUAAUCAGAACCAUAAAGUGUUCAAAUCUCAACUUUUCGUAAAAGAACCUGAAAACGAGAAUUCGCUCGAAACGAAGUCCAAUAAUAACCAAAACGUUUAUAAAUUGAAUCAAUUAGCGUAUACGAAUUUCGAUAAUUUUAAAAUACGAGAGGCCAGUGCCCAAUCUGCUCAAAAACUGUCUUGCAAUUUCACGGACUAUCCGAAAACGAUUAAAGGCACAAAUCAAAUACAAAUUGAAGACAAUGAUUGUAUUCAUAACAACCACGAAUCUAAUGUAUUAUCAGAAAAUAUUUCAGACACUAAUCCAUCAAGUACAAUAAUAAGAUGGAAUAUCAUUGUAAAAUAUUCUAAAUUCGAACCAAAUACUACUGAAACGCCUCAGACUAUAAGGAACUAUUUUACUAUAACUUAAUGUUCCAUUCAUAAAACGAUAUUCAAAUUUUAUUCUAAAAUUGAAUAUAUCUUUUUACAAUUGUUUUAUAGUGAAGAUUUAUAUUCUUUUUUCU